CAGCCUUUGCAACCAGCCAGCAUGCGUCUUGUUCCCAGUCCAUGGCUCUCCACAGGGAUGGGAGACCUGAGACUGUCAGGGGCGAGCUGCGGCUCCUGCGCUGCGGUCUGCGGAGCUUGCAGGAGUGCGAGGGCCUUCGGGCGCCGGAGGCGCAGAGGCUCGUGUCCCUGCAGCUGCACGGCAAUUGCCUGUCCACCCUGCGGGGCCUCGAUGCGGCUUGCCCGCUGCUUGAACAGCUUAUCAUCUCCUCCAAUGACCUGCAGAGUCUCGACGGACUUCAGGGGCUACAGCGGCUCAGGAUCUUGGACGUGUCCAGCAACUGCCUCUCGGGCUUCCAUGGACUCCACUCCCCCAUCCUCGAGGAGCUCCGUGCAGCCUACAACCAGAUCAGCGGGCUCGGAGGGCUCCAGCACCUACGCGGGCCUCAGAGCCGGCUCCGGCUGCUGGACCUGCGCGACAAUGCAGUGGCGCAUUUGGGGGAGCUGCUCUAUCUCGGAGGGCUGCCAUUGGAGGACUUGCGCCUACAGUCCCCGGGAGGACGCCGCGGCAAUCCCAUUUGCCGCCUGCCAGGCUACCGCUCCGCAGCGCUGUGUGCCUGCCCAGACUUGCAGCUCUUGGACGAGGAGCUGGCGGAGAGGGAGGGCGUGGUGCCCCUUGCUGUCUUGCCUGACUGGCCAGUGCAGCCGCAGCCUCAGGCGACACCAAAAGCAGCACCCUGCGAGCCAGAUGCCUCGAUGGCCCAGGAGCUGCGACUCUGGCGAGACGAGCGAAAAGCCGCCGCGGAGGCAUCGGCCAAUUUCCGGGCCAUGCUGCAACAGGCAGAGGCUCGAAUGGCGAACCAAAGCUCGCCGAAGAUCAGUCAACACAUGCAGCACGAGCUGCGGCUGGUCGCCUCAGAAGCGAAGCGCCGACAGGCGAUGACACGAGAGCUCAAAGCCAAGCUCUCAGAGAGCUCUUCGGAGCUGCAGGCCGCCAAGGCGUCUCAGCGGCUCUGCCACGUAGAGGCCCUGGCGGCCAAAAGCCGGGCCCACGGCUCCCAGCGGCGGCGCGCUGAGGCCGCCCUGGAGGAAGAGACCUGCGCGGCGCUCUGCGCCACUUUGGGGCGCCACGGCGAGGAGGCGGCCGCGGAACUCUGGGAGGCGAACCUCCAAGCUGACGCGCUACUUGCCGGGCUGCAGGAGGAGACUCAGGCGCUGGCGGAGGCCCGGGGCCAGCUCUCAUCCCAGCGCGCCAUGCAGCGGAAGCUCCAAGCCUUGCGCCCGGAAGAUCGCCUGGCUCAAGAGGAUCAGAGCCAAGCAAGGUGCCGAGCGGAAGCGGCCGCCUGCGCAGCGGCACAAGAGAGCGCGGAGGACGCGCGGCGGCUCUUGGCUGCCGACCUGCAGGCUGAGGCCUCGGAGUUGCAGCGCGUGGAGGAGGCCUGCGUCGGCUCCCGGCAGCAGACCUCGCGCCUGGCGCAAGACCUGCGCCACACGAGGGACUCCUUGCGGGAGGAGCUGCAAGGAGCUGAAAAGCGGCUUCAGGAGCUGGAGAGGCAGCGCGAGCUCCAGGGUAAAGAUCAGGAGCUCCAGCGGGUGGCCGCAGAGACCACCUUCCGGCAGCGACAUCGGCAGCUGCUGGAGGAAGGAAGGGCGCUGCAGGCGGAGAUCCACGCAGAUCGCAAGCUUCUGGCGAGCAAGGAGCAACUGCUUCAUCGGCAUGCCCAGUGUGUGCAGGAUUCCCAACUGCAGGCCGGCACGCUGGAAGAAGCACUUGACGCCUCCCGCGCUCAAGAGCUGGUUGCCCAGGAGCAGAUGGCCGCGGCAAACGCUGCCUUUCAAUCUGCAGCACAUCAGCUGGCGUUGGCGCAGGCAUUUCUGGUGAGGCAUCGCAAGGAGCGGGAGCAGCAUGCGGUGGAGGAGGCCCUGCUGCGCUCCGACUUCGUACCCAUGCAGCUGUUGCAGGAGGAGCAGCAAAGGCUCGCAGCGGUGCGGCGUGAGCACUUGGAGCUCCGGACCCGGCUGUCCGACACAGAGGCUGAGGAGCGCUUUGCGGCGGAGAGCUUGUCUCAGGCGGAGGAGCCUCAGAGGCUGCAGAAGCAGCUGGUGGAUUUGGAGGACUGGGCGGCCAAGACCGCCGCGGAUUUCCAGCGAGCUGACCAGAAGAUGGACGCGGUGCAGCGGGAGACCCAGACGCUCCAAGAGAAGGUGCGGCUUCAGCAAGAGCUCCGCUCUAAGCGCACCGCCGACUGGCAGCGCGCUGACGCCGAGGUAGAAGCUCGGGUGCAAGAUGCCUGGGCGGAGGAGGAGGCGGCCCAAGACCUGGAGGAGGCCCUCCAAGAGGAGAAGCACCAGCUUCAGAAGGAGGCGGAGCAGUUCGAUGCGGAUCUUCUUUGGUUGGAGUCCAGCGUGGACGAGGCGACGCAGGCCUGGCGCGAGGCGCCCUCCGCUCAGAUGAUGCUCGAGGCGCAGGAGGCGGAGAGCAUGCGCCAAGCGCAGGAGGCGGAGGCGCACCUGGCGUCGCUGGGCCGGGCGCUGGCCAAAGAGUUGCAGAAGCACCGGGAGGCGAACCGCAGCUUACAGGGAGCGGUGGAGAGCGAGGAGCGAGAGCUGGAAGGCUACAUCAGGGAAGAGAAGGUGGAGCAGG